UAGAGUCAUAUUCUGGAACAGUAGGUUCAGCAGGCGGAGUAAUUGGUAGUCAGAGGGCAUUCUUAAAAGAGCAGACUGUUCGGGAGGAAUUUGAAAGAGUAGUCAAAAGAGCAGAAAAAACCGACCAGAGAACUAAUUUUCUUUUGCCUCCUAAUGCUACUGCUGCGGAGAAAACUAAAUAUAAACUUUGUAAAACUAUUGCUCGCUAUGAAAGAGAAAAUAAACUUUCCGAGCAAGAAUUAGCCAAAAAGUUAGGAAUUACCCACGCCCAAGUAGAAAAGAUUUUAUUUUGCCAUAUUGACAAACUGGACUUGGAGGAAUUAAUGAACUUUGCGGAAGGAUUGGUCGCACCUUUGGAACCUCCGCAAAAGCCCACUAAUUUAAGACCUUAUGAAUGUAAUUUGGUUAUUAACGGUCAGCAUUUCACCAAAUUAGAAAUUAGUCCUUAUUACGAAAAGCACAAUAAGGAGUAUUUAGAAAAAUUAGCAAGAAAAGGGAUUAAACUAUCUGCUUGGGAGUUAGUUGAAAAAAUGAUUACUGAUGAUUUGAUUAGAGAAAUAUUACUUUCCCAGUUAAACGGCGAGGACGACAUUAGAGAUGAUGGUCGCAAUUAUCAGUAUAUUUAUUACUUUGCUAUUUUACAUAAAGGAGUUAAAGCCUAUAAAUUAGUGUGA